CGGGGAGCCCGGCCGGGGCGGCGCCGCAGCUCGGCAGCGCGGGGCGGCCGCCGUCAUGCGGGGCAGCGCGGGGCGGCGCCGUCCUGCCCUCCUCCGGCACUGACAUAAAUUAUUGACCAGAAAAUGGCCCAGCGAAGCCCUAUCUUCCCAACUCUUGCCCAUUCUGAAAGCAGACGGGUUCGAAACAUCCCGCUGCACAGCCAGGCGCUGACAGCGGUCCCGCUGGCGUCUGCAAGCCUAGUGGACCAGCUGGAAGACAGGAUCCUAAGCCAUGAGAAGACGACGGCAGCGCUGGUGGAGCACGCUUUCCGCAUCAAGGAGGACAUCGUCUCCACGCUGCACAGAAUGCAGAACAAAGGCGGCGGCGACCGCCUGGCCCGGCAGCUCCUCGAGGAGCACAUCCGAAACAUCACGGCAAUAGUGCGGCAGCUUAAUCGGGACAUUGAGAUGCUGCAGGAACAGAUACGUGUCAGAGAUAAUCUCAGCUAUGGAACAAAUUCUACCCUAAAGAGUCUGGAAAUGCGGCAGCUUUCUGGUUUAGGAGAUCUUCGGGGAAGAGUUGCAAGGUGCGAUGCUGGGUUAGCCAGACUGUCUGCAGAGCAUAAAAUUACGUAUGAAAGACUUCAGAGCCUAAGUAAAGAUCAACACACCUCUAAACUGAUCUUAGAAUCUAAAGUCAAAGAGGCAGAAAUACAGAUUUCUCAUCUUCUGAGCAGAGUAGAGCAGUCGAUAAUGCAACAAGAAGCCAAGCUGAAGAUUGCCUACAAGGAGAGCAACCAGCAGCUCCACCUGCUCGACCUCAAAUUAAAAAAUGCUAUUGAGGAACUCAGCAGCCAGAUUUUGUCUGCACGCAGCUGGUUGGAACAGGAACACGAGAGGAUCGAGAAAGAGCUUGUGCAAAAAAUUGACCAGUUCUCACUGACUCUUAAGGAAAACACCGAAAUGAGUGAAAGAGCUAUAGAAAUGAAAUUCAACCAAAUGUCAGAGAAAAUUGAUAAAAUAGAAGAACUACAAAAGAUAACCAUGGAAGCACAUGAAGUGAAACAGACCGAAGAAAAGAUCAAUGUUCGUAUUGGCAAACUUCAAAAUGAGAUUAAUGAAGAUAUAAAAGAAAUGAAGGCUGAAGUUAAUGCUGGAUUUGCAGCUAUCUAUGAGAGCAUUGGGUCUCUACGGCAAGUUCUCGAAGCAAAAAUGAAACUUGACAAAGACGAACUCCAGAAGCAGAUCCACCAGGUGAAACAGGAGCUUCCACCGUGGGCAGAGGCUGGACCGUGACGGCAAGAUUUUGUCUGAGAGCAGCUUGCUUGCCUGUCUAAAUAGCCGGGCUAUAACCUCGUGCCAGUCUGUAAUCUAAAUGAAAUGCAUGUACCAAACGACAUGCUGCUGUCCCGCAGGUCUGUCUGUUGCUCUAAGUGGCACACGCAAGCUUUUAGUAGGUCAACUGACAGGCACCUUCACGGCCCUCAGGUGCUGGUUUGCCACUGCACUACUCCCGCUGCUGUCAGGAGAUUUACAACGGUGUAAAACUGGAGUAAUACAUUGGUGAAGCUGGCACCUAAUUUGCUAAAGGCGUAUCAGUGGUCUCCAGUUUUGUAGGCUUGAUCGGGCAGUUAUAUGCUUAUAUAUAUAAGCAUCUGCACUCUUACUACUAUUAUUUUCUUUUGAAGAACAAGUUGAUAUCACUUGUUCGGUAUCAGGUUGGCAAGGUUCACUGUCUUGACAUGAUUACGGUCUUGAAGUCAAUGGACAUUUUUACAGUGACUUUCUACACUACUGACUUCCUGGAAAACAGAAUUGGCACUGAACAGACCAGUUUUCAAAAGCUAGAUACCAUUAGAAAACCUUUGUUUAGUUUUCCAAAUAUCCUGUGUGUGUGCGUGUACGUGUGUGUGCGUGUGUGUGUGUGUGUGUAAACUAGUGUUAUAAAACGUAGUUGUAGAGUAAAACGGCUCAUGAGCAACAUAAUAAAUUUAACUUGUGUAUUUAA